AUGAUGAUUGGGCUCACGAUUCCUCUUUUUCCUAGUGAAAGUGGUGUAGAUCAGCUGGUACGCUCUACUCUGUUAUCAAGCAACACUAAACAGUCUACUCAAGCGUACAUUACACCAAAACAGCUAAAGUUCAGGAGGCUUCUGAAAGUGCUAUGGUGGCUAAGUUUGGUGAUGAUACUAGUUGACACCCCCUCUUGGAUAAUGAAACAUGGAUUCGGAUCUGUGUUGAUCCAGCGAUCUUUUUGGAAGGAACAUCCCAAGAGGCUUGAAUACUUGACAGGAUAUGAUUUAGUAGUUGUUAUGUCAAAAGAAUUCGCCACUGCUUUUCCUGUUCACACUUUCAUCUCUCCUGUAGUUGACCUUCUUAUUAAAAAUGGGCGAAAUGGUAAAAACAAUGGAAAGGUAUGUGUAUGA